AUGAGUCUCUCUGCUCUCCAUAGAAGCUCUCUCACUUUGGGAAUGACUGUUGCCCGUUCCUUUUCAUCUACGUUCAAUAUUAUCGUUGAGCGUACCAAGCAUCCCAAGCCUAAGGUUGCUAAUGAAAAACUGGGUUUUGGAAAAUACAUGUCUGACCAUAUGAUGGAGACACGCAACCCUGGAACUGGUUGGGAGACUCCUCGCAUCGUUCCUUACCAUGAUAUUGUUUUGGAUCCUGCUGCUUCCGUUUUCCAUUAUGGAACUGCUUGUUUUGAAGGAAUGAAGGCCUAUCGUGAUAAUGAGGGUCACAUUCGUAUGUUCCGUCCUCGUGAGAACGUCCUUCGAAUGAACUCUUCUAUUGCCAGACUCUGCCUUCCCACCAUUGAUCCAGAUCUUCAUCUGGAGGCUAUCAAGGAGCUGGUCCGUGUUGACAAGGACUGGAUUCCUCAGGGAAAGGGUUACUCUCUUUACCUCCGUCCGACUUGCAUUGCCACGGAUGCCUUCUUAGGCGUUCAUCCAUCCAAGGGAUGCAUGUUGUACACUAUCUGCUCUCCUUCUGGUCCUUACUAUGCCACCGGCUUCAAGCCGAUCAAGCUGGUCGCAGAUGAGAAUCAUGUGCGUGCCUGGCCGGGUGGUCACGGAGCCUACAAGCUGGGAGCCAACUAUGGACCUACUAUUUUGCCUGCUCACGAGUGGGAAAAGAAGGGCUACAGCCAGAUCUUGGGAGUGGGCCCGAACGGAAUCAUCAUGGAGGGAGGUGCGAUGAACAUCUUCUUCUUCUGGAUUAAUGAGCAGGGCGAGAAGGAGCUGAUUACUUGCCCGCUGAACGGACUGAUUCUUCCUGGAAUCACCCGCAAGUCGAUCAUUGAAUUGACUCGCUCGUGGAACGAGUUCAAGGUGUCCGAGCGCGAGUUCACCAUCCACGACGUGGCGAGAGCUGCGGAGGAGCACCGCUUGCUGGAGUGCUUCACCUCGGGAACUGCGGCUGUCUGCGGAUCGAUCAACGGAAUUCUGUACAACGGAAAGACGAUCGAUAUUCCGCUCGAUCCCAACGAUGCCUCGAAGCCCGCUGGUCCGAUCACUCAGCGUGUGUACGAUGAACUUACUGGAAUUCAGCUGGGUACUCGUCCCAACCCGUUCCCUGAAGAUCCUUGGAGCAUUAUUAUCGAAUAAACUAGGUUAUAUUCACGGUUUUUU